GCGCAGGGCAGCGCCUGCGGGGAUCGCUAUGGCAGCGGCGUCGCGGUGGGUCGAGCCUCUGCGCUGGCACCCUGGCAGGGCCGCCUCAGACGCCGCCGGCACCACUUCCUCUGUGGAAUGAGCGGGGCCUCCUGCCGCCGCUCGCCGCGCCCCCCGCCGCUGCCGCCGCAUCCCGACUGUGGGCCCGCUCCGGGAACAUGCCCCUGACCGCCUACUGCUACCUGCGUGUCGUGGGCAGGGGCAGCUACGGGGAGGUGACGCUCGUGAGGCACCGACGGGACGGCAGGCAGUAUGUCAUCAAAAAGCUGAACCUCCGAAAUGCCUCCAGCCGAGAGCGGCGAGCUGCUGAACAGGAAGCUCAGCUCUUGUCUCAGUUGAAGCAUCCCAAUAUUGUCACCUACAAGGAGUCGUGGGAGGGAGGGGAUGGUCUGCUGUACAUCGUCAUGGGCUUCUGCGAAGGAGGUGAUCUGUACCGAAAGCUCAAAGAGCAGAAAGGGAGGCUUCUGUCCGAGAGUCAGGUGGUGGAGUGGUUUGUUCAGAUCGCUAUGGCUCUGCAGUAUUUACAUGAAAAACACAUCCUUCACCGAGAUUUAAAAACUCAAAAUGUCUUCCUAACAAGAACAAACAUCAUCAAAGUGGGUGACCUAGGAAUUGCCCGAGUGCUUGAGAACCACUGUGACAUGGCUAGCACCCUCAUUGGCACACCCUACUACAUGAGCCCUGAAUUGUUCUCAAACAAACCCUACAACUAUAAGUCUGAUGUUUGGGCUCUGGGAUGCUGUGUUUAUGAAAUGGCCACCCUGAAGCAUGCUUUCAAUGCAAAAGACAUGAAUUCUUUAGUUUAUCGGAUUAUUGAAGGAAAGCUGCCACCAAUGCCGAAAGAUUACAGCCCAGAGCUGGCAGAAAUAAUAAGAACCAUGCUGAGCAAAAGGCCUGAAGAAAGACCUUCUGUGAGGAGCAUCCUAAGGCAGCCUUACAUAAAGCGCCAAAUAUCCUUGUUUUUGGAGGCCACGAAGGCAAAAACCUCCAAAAAUAAUAUUAAAAAUGGUGACUCUAAAUCCAAGCCUGUGGCUACAGUGGUUUCUGGAAAGGCUGAAUUAAGUCAUGAAGCCGUUCCCCCUCAACCACACUCUUCCGAGGGCUCCAAGACAUAUGUAAUGGGUGAAGACAAAUAUUUGUCCCAGGAGAAACCCAUAGUCAUUGGCCCCUUGAAGACACCCGCAAGUCUGAAAGGCCACACCUACAAACCAGACGUAAGCAAUACCGCAGAAUCGCUAGCCACGAUCAGUAGGGUGAAUAUUGACAUCUUACCUGCAGAAAGGAGGAACUCAGUGAACAACAGCUUAGUUCAAGAGAAUCAACGAAGACAUUUAGAUGCCUCUAAUGAGCUAGAAGGUAAAUGCAUUAUUUCUCAAGUGAAAGAGAGGCUGCAGGAUAACACUAAAUCCAGUGCUCAACCUGGAAACCGAAUUCCCCCAUGGUCCAUUGACUAUGUCACUGGAGAAAGGAAUGACCCAGUGAAGCCUCUGCAGCCCCUAAACAAAGACCAAAAUUUAUCAAAGGACCAGUUCCAAGAGACUCCUCCUCGUCUUUUGCCUUCUCUUUCUACUGUUGGAAAAGUGGAUGUCACAUCAACACAAAAAGAUGCUGAAAACCAAAGUAGAGUGGUCGCUGGGUCUGUGAGCAGUUCGAGGAACAGAGAGAUAUCAUCAUCAAAGGACCGACCAUUAUCAGCAAGAGAGAGGAGGCGACUAAAGCAGUCACAGGAAGAGAUCUCCCCCUCAGGCCCUUCAGUGAGGAGUCCAGCGGGGCCAGGGAAACCACAAGAGGAAGGCCACCCUACCCCUGCUCAAUGGUUGUCUUCUGACUACAGCGUUGCUCAGGAAAGGAAACUCACCCAUUGUCUCUCUGAGGAUGAGUUAAGUUCUUCUACAAGUUCAACUGAUAAAUCAAAUGGGAAUUCAAAGGAAGGGAAAGGUCAUACAAAUGAAAUGAGUGACUUGGUACAAUUGAUGACACAGACCCUGAAGUUGGACUCUAAAGAGAGCUAUGAAGAUCUCCCGGUACCAGAGCCAGUGUCAGAAUUUAAACUUCAUCGGAAGUAUCGGGACACGCUGAUACUUCAUGGGAAAGUUGCAGAGGGGGCCGAGGAACUCCAUUUUAAAGAGCUACCUUCAGGUGCUAUCGUGCCAGGUUCUGAAAAAAUCAGAAGAAUAGUUGAAGUCUUGAGAGCUGAUGUAAUUCGGGGCCUGGGGAUUCAGCUUUUAGAGCAGGUGUAUGAUAUUUUGGAAGAGGAGGAUGAAUUGGAGAGAGAGGUACUUUUGCGGGAGCACAUGGGUGAAAAAUAUGUGACUUACAAUGUGAAAGCUCGCCAGUUAAAAUUUUUUGAAGAUAAUGUAAAAUUUUGAUAAUUUACCUAAUCUGCUGCCAGAAUGAAACCAUUUUCAAAGGUUUUUGGCUUAAACAAAAACAAAUAAACCUAUAAUAAUGACUGGAGGCCAUUCACCAUCCUUAUAUUUUGUUGGGCCUUUUUUUACUAGAAAAAAAUUGGACAGAGUAAUAUGAAGCAAGCUUAUUACAAAAGAAAAAAACCUUUGGCUAUCUUAUUCUCUUUAUGAGGGAAAAUCUGUUGUACGAUGUUUAUUUGGUUACUGUUUACUGAGCCUUAAACCAACUUGAUAUCUAGAACUAUUUUUUUUUAAGGUACUUAUUAGCUUGAAUACAGGGAUAUAACAUACUGGAUUGGAAGUUUUAUAUUAUACUAUAGUGACUAAAGCAAUAGGAGAAAUAAAUGACAUAUAU